GAAUCCAGAACAUUGGCUGAAAUUGCAAAAGCAGAACUGGAUGGCACCAUUUUGAAGAGCAGACCUCUGCGAAUUCGCUUUGCUACACAUGGAGCGGCUCUAACUGUCAAGAACCUUUCUCCAGUUGUUUCCAAUGAGCUUCUGGAGCAAGCAUUUUCCCAGUUUGGCCCAGUAGAGAAAGCUGUUGUGGUUGUGGAUGAUCGCGGUAGAGCUACUGGAAAAGGUUUUGUAGAAUUUGCAGCGAAACCUCCGGCACGAAAGGCUCUGGAGAGAUGUGGUGAUGGGGCGUUCUUGCUAACAACGACUCCUCGUCCAGUCAUUGUGGAGCCUAUGGAACAGUUUGAUGAUGAAGACGGCUUGCCAGAGAAGCUAAUGCAGAAAACUCAGCAGUAUCAUAAGGAAAGAGAACAGCCACCACGUUUUGCUCAACCUGGGACAUUUGAAUUUGAGUAUGCGUCUCGAUGGAAGGCUCUUGAUGAAAUGGAAAAGCAGCAGCGUGAGCAGGUUGACAGAAACAUCAGAGAAGCCAAAGAGAAACUGGAGGCGGAAAUGGAAGCAGCUCGGCAUGAACACCAGUUAAUGCUAAUGAGACAAGAUCUAAUGAGACGUCAGGAAGAACUCAGACGCUUGGAAGAACUCAGAAACCAAGAGCUGCAAAAACGGAAACAAAUACAACUUAGACAUGAAGAGGAACAUCGUCGUCGUGAAGAAGAAAUGAUUAGACACAGAGAACAGGAGGAAUUGAGGCGACAGCAGGAAGGCUUUAAACCAAACUAUAUGGAAAACAGAGAACAGGAAAUGAGAAUGGGUGAUAUGGGUCCCCGUGGAGCAAUAAACAUGGGAGAUGCAUUUAGCCCAGCACCUGCUGGUAACCAAGGUCCUCCUCCAAUGAUGGGUAUGAAUAUGAACAACAGAGGAGCUAUACCUGGCCCACCAAUGGGUCCUGGUCCUGCCAUGGGACCAGAAGGAGCUGCAAAUAUGGGAACUCCAAUGAUGCCAGAUAAUGGAGCAGUGCACAAUGAUAGAUUUUCCCAAGGACCACCUUCCCAGAUGGGAUCUCCUAUGGGGAGUAGAGCAGGUUCUGAGACCCCUCAGGCACCAAUGACCGGUGUGGGUCCCGUGAGUGGUGGUCCUGGUGGCUUUGGUAGAGGCACUCAAGGGGGCAACUUCGAAGGUCCUAAUAAGCGUCGUAGAUACUAAACGUUCUUUUGUUCCUGGCUAUUUUGAAAAACAAAAUUCAGUGGUAUGCCUUUACACUUUUACCUGUUACCUGGAAGAAAUGGUUUUAUUGUUAAUGUGUGUAGACUGAAAACGUUUUCUUUUGUAAAACUUGAGGUUUUGUAUUUUUCUUUAUUCAUAAGCUUUGUAGAUUAGAAUGGUAAUGAUGAUACGCAUCAUUGUGAAUGUUAAAAUGUGUUUGUGACUUUAGCUAACUACAGUUAUGCUAUAGUACUGUGAAAUUUAUGUAGUUUCUUUCUCUCAAUAAAGAAAUCAUUUUGAGUAAUUUAAGAUGUUACUAGUGGUAUUCUCUUGCGGUUUUACUAAACUUUGCUGUAACAAUAAUUCCUUGGUUGCUUUAACUAAUCCUCGCCAUUUAAAAAUCCAAAAAUGAUUUUUGCUUUUUUUGUGCAAGUAGCCCUGAAGAUAGAAACUUAGUGAAAGCUAAUGUCAAUACAGAUUAGUACAUUUGGGGGUGGGAGUGCAUGGGUUAAUUUGUAUAACCUACUGAUGUUUUGUGAAGUUGGAGUUACUGCCUACAUUUCAUAAAGAUUCUGAAUAUUCAGAUAUUCUGAAAAGGAUCAAUAAGGGUAUCUUUGUCCUGUGUUGCUUUUUCUAAAUAAAUCUUUUGAAUCUUGAAAAAA